AAAUGCAAUGUACCAUCUGGAGAAAAAGCAGAAGAAGCUGAACAACCCAGUGAUAUAGAAGAAGGAGGAUUAGAUCUCAGUGUGUCUCUCAAACCUGUCAGUUUCUACAUCGCAGACAAAAAAGAAAUGCUUCAACAGUGUUUCUGUGUCAUAGGAGAGAAGAAACUACAGAAGAUGCUGCCUGAUAUUUUAAAGAGUUGUUCCAUGGAUGAAAUCAAAAGGCUUUGCUUGGAGCAGUUGGAGCUGUUAUCUGAAAAAAAACUGUUGAAGAUACUAGAAGGCAAGAUUGGAGCUGAUUCUGAUACUGACGAGGAGGCAGAUGGAGGAUACAAGACUGGAGGUGAAUCAGUCAGUCAGCAGGAUAACAGUAUAGACUCUACUUCUUCUCUGAGAGAAGAAAACAAGCUGGAAGGUCAGGAAUCAAAACAAGGCAAGGGAGAAGAUAGUGAUGUCCUCAGCAUAAAUGCAGAUGCAUAUGAUAGUGACAUAGAAGGCCCAUGCAAUGAAGAAGAUGGCCCAGAUAUGCCAGAAAAUGGUAUAAGAAGUGGAGCUGGUCAGAUAGAUGACCUUGAGAAGGACAUUGAGAAAAGUGUGAAUGAGAUACUGGGGUUGGCAGAGUCCAGCCCAAAGGAGCCUAAAGCAGCUACUUUAGCUGUUCCUCCGUCAGAAGAUGUUCAGCCAUCAGCACAGCAGCUGGAGCUUUUGGAGCUUGAGAUGAGGGCCAGAGCUAUUAAGGCUCUGAUGAAAGCUGGUGAUGUAAAAAAACAGCCCUGAGAUUGUUUAGAUUUUAUUUUAAGCAGUUGUUU